AGUUGGUACAAAACUGGGCACCUGGGCUGGGAGAGAGGUUCUAAUGAAAUGGGCCGAAGCCGAAGCCCUUUUGUAUGAAACCGAUUAGAAAUUUAGAUUUCCCUUAUCUUGAGGAAAGAAAGCAGAGUGAGAGUGAGACAUGGCGUUGGAGCAGGCAGUGGCAGUGUCAUCCUCAAGCACCUUCAGGAACCUCCCCACCUUCCGCAAAACCCCAAUUACAAAACCCCAAUUCCAAAUCCCUUCCCUCUUCUGCAAAACGCAGCGCUUUAAAGGGAACGUCAAAUUGAAGUGCUCGAUGACAACGGCAUACCCCAAACCCUCGGAGAUUCCGUGGAAGAAGGAGCUCUGCAACUCCGUCAGCCUCAUCGGCGUGGUGGCCGCGCCCCUCGAACUCAAACACCUCCCCUCCGGCAAGGUGGUGGCGUGGACCCGCCUCUCCGUCAAGAAGAACGCCACGCAAGCGUCCUCCAUAAGCCUCACUUUCUGGGACGACCUCGCGCACGUUGCUUCCCACCAUCUCCACAAGGGCCACCAAAUCCACGUCUCCGGCCGCCUCGUCACCGACGCCGUCGAAACCGACGACGGCAAGACCCAAAUUUACUACAAGGUGUUUGUUCAAGAGCUGAAUUUCAUCGAGAGGAGUUUCUCUACGACGUCGUCGCGGGAGCAAGAGUCUGAUUUCGCCGCUGCUGGUAAGAAAGUGAGCAAUGGGACUGGUUCUGUCGUGGAAUUGUGGCAAGCGUUCUUUGCUAACCCGGGGGAGUGGUGGGACAAUAGGAACACAAAGAGGAACCCAAAAGCUCCUGAUUUCAAACACAAAGACACAGGGGAAGCUCUGUGGAUUGAGAGCAGAUACAAUCCACCAUGGGUAAAGUCCCAAUUGGAAAUAAUGGACUCGAGAAUGGGGUCUAUUGCUGGUCAAAACGCUAGGAUGCCUGUAGAUAUGAUGACUGCAGAUGAAGUCUUUUCUUUCUAAAUGUUUGUGCCAAAUCUUGCCGACGUAAUUUCAAUUUCAACUUGUGAAUCUUCUUUGUACAGUUUGCAUUUUGCUACGAAUUUAAAUUAUGGUUUGUUUGCCCUUGAGCUCUAUAUCAUAUUAUCAAUUGAUUAUGUUUGUAACAAAAAAAAAAUUGAUGGUGCCGCAUUCAGCAUUCUCUUCUCCUGCUGGGCACUUAUAAUUUCUAUGCUGGAAUUGACAAGACACUAAAAAUUGGACGGA